UCCUGUGUAUAACAUACACCGGUAGAGCACCCCCUAGACAGCCGUCUUUCGUUAAAAACACCUGUCAGCGAGCGAAGGUGACAGCAGCUGUCAAAACCAGUUUCAACCGUUUCAACGCACGGCAGAGAGCAACCACCAAAUGGCAGUCCCAUUUCGAUUCAUUUUCCUCGUUUUUCAUCCAACAAAAGGCAGUGAAAUGUGUACAGCGCGGAAAGAAUGCCGAGCCCUGCGUCAGUGCGUCACGGAGCAAACCAGUCCGUUUCAGUGAAGCACAGCAUUGGCAUUACUCACACACGCGAAGAACUGUCACCGUAGGGCAAGACACAGCAAGAAAGAGAAAGACAACCCAUCUCGGCAGGCUCCUCCGUCGCAAGGAACGAGAAGGGAACAAUCCCGUCCGAGUGCGUGUUUUUUUUUUUUGCGCACACACAUAAUAACCACCGAACUACCACCACCACCACUAGCCCCCACCAACCCCGACGCACCCCACCCAUCCCGCUACGGACUUUGAUGCAGCACGGGGCACCAGCACAGCGCCCCGAGCACGGUUGCGCCAGUGCGCAGGUACCAGGGCGAGCGUGAAAAUCGCCUCAAUUCUCAAUCGCAGCCGAGCGGCCGAGGAAAAAAGGGCCCAACUUUUUCCAACCACACGCAUCGUCGCCGAACAGGACAGGCCGCUGCCGAAACCGAACCAUUCGCAGUGCAGGCAGUGUGGAAAAUAGCCAGGGCAGUGUAACCAGCAAGUGCCCUCACUCAUCCCUUCUUCCCUGCCGGCUGCGCAUCAUCUUCCUCCAAAGCGGCGUGUAGACCUCUCGCGUGAAGCAAUGUGCACCUUCGGCUAGCUCCGGAAACGCCUCGGUCGCCGCAGCACCAGCAGGUCGUAGGUGGUGUGGUCGCAGGCCCGCCCGGCAGUGCUCCUUGUCGUGGUCCGAGUCCUGCGCCGUCUGGCUAGACCCCGCCGCAACCUUCCAUUCUUCCCGCUACUACCCCGCACAGCCGCACAGUGACGAGCGCCGCGAAGCACCGCACCCCGGACGCACCCAAGAUGGAUGAUCUGCUACAGGCCGGCCACGUGGUCAAGGAAAGAUGGAAGGUGCUGAAGAAGAUUGGCGGCGGUGGGUUCGGCGAAAUCUACGAGGGGCAGGAUUUGAUCACGCGCGAGCAGGUCGCGCUGAAGGUCGAGUCGGCCCGGCAACCGAAGCAGGUACUCAAGAUGGAGGUGGCCGUCCUGAAGAAGCUGCAAGGCAAGGAGCACAUCUGCCGGUUCAUCGGCUGCGGGCGCAACGAUCGAUUCAAUUACGUUGUGAUGCAGCUGCAGGGGAAGAAUUUGGCCGAGCUGCGGCGGUCGCAGGCACGCGGUGCCUUCUCACUCAGCACAACGCUGCGCAUCGGCCUCCAAAUACUGAAAUCGAUCGAAUCCAUCCAUUCGGUCGGCUUCCUUCACCGUGAUAUCAAACCAAGUAACUUUGCCAUAGGAAGACUACCGCUCACUAGUCGUAGAAUCUACAUGCUGGACUUCGGCUUAGCUAGGCAGUACACUACCGGUACGGGUGAGGUACGAUGUCCCCGAGCUGCGGCAGGAUUCCGCGGAACCGUAAGGUACGCUUCGUUAAACGCGCACAAAAAUCGUGAAAUGGGCCGCCAGGACGAUCUGUGGUCGUUGUUCUAUAUGCUUGUUGAGUUUGUUACCGGCCAGCUUCCAUGGCGUAAAAUUAAGGAUAAAGAGCAAGUUGGAAUGUUGAAAGAAAAAUAUGAUCAUCGUUUGCUACUCAAGCACUUGCCUUCGGAUUUCAAAUACUUCUUAGAGCAUAUUCAAUCCCUUAACUACGCCGACAAGCCGGAUUAUGCAAUGCUGAUCUCUCUGUUUGAACGAUGCAUGAAGCGCCGGGGCGUGAAGGAAACGGACCCGUUCGACUGGGAAAACAACGCCGACUACAACGCCGGCGAAGCCAAAGCUAUCAACGCAGCCGUACCAAAGAGUGAACUAAUCAAAAAACAUAAGGAUAUCGAAAUGACCGAGGAGAAACGCAAACCAAUCAUGGACUCGGCAAAAGUGCUACACACGGAACCGAUCGAAUCGAUGAAGCCGCAGAACGUGCUGAACGCGGGCGGCGGUGGUGGGGCGGCCGGGGCCGCGGCAACCGCUGCCGCCAAGGCGGCCCUCAACCACGCGGACCAACACGAGCCGAACGAGGCAAAGAUACAGCAGGAGACGAAAACGGACGGUCCGGCGAUCGAGAUGGUGGUCGUGAAGGGUCUAAUAAGUUUUCCUAUUCACCAGAACGAGAUACCGCUGGUGCGGGCGCACACGGAGGUGAUGACGAAGCCGGCCAAGCACGGCAGCAACCGGCUGCGAAUACUGACCGCGCCGCCGGUCAACAUCAAGGAUUUCUCCUCCUCGCUCGACAAGCAGCAGUCGCAGUCGCCAUCGCAGCAGCACCAGCAGCAGCAGCAGCAGCAGCAGUCGCUGCACCACCAGUCGUCGCACCACAUGUCGCAGCAGUCGCACCACCACCAUCACCAUCACCAUCCGCUGCACGCGUCCAACGACGGCAACAACCUGUCGAUGGAGCUGAAGUCGAAGCUGCUGAAGACGGAGGCGGACGACCUGUCGUACGCGCCGUCGGACGGCAUGAUACUGCGCGAUCUCACCCAGCAGCACUGCCAGUCGGUCGGGCAGCCGAAGCAGCACCACGACGGGCACCAGCAGCAGUCGUCCGGCGGCGGUGGCGGCGGGGGCAGCCUGCAGCGCCAAAGCCUCACGCUCGGUGGCAAAAGCCUGCGCUCGUACGGCAGCACCACCACCAGCAACAAGUACGGCGGCGGCGGCGGCGGGCGGAACGAUGACAAGAGCUGCCGGGACUACUCGAUCACGCAGCACGCGAUCAUCGACGACGACAACGCGAGCCAGCACCAGACGCCCAAAUACCAGGGGGCGCUCACGCUCGCCUCGCAGUGGAAAAGCCAGUUCGACGACUCGGACGACUCGACCGACGGGCUCUGGAAGGGCGAACAACAUUCCGAAAAUGCAUCGAAGAAAAACUACACUAACCUCAACAAGAGCAGCAUGGCCGCCGGCCAGCCGAAGGAGCACCACCAGCCGGUGUCGCCGCCCCAGCCGCCGCCGCUGCCUCCGCCCCCCCAGACGAACGGGCAGCUAAGCGGGGCCGGCUCCGUCCCGACGCGGAACGGGCACGCCGAGCAGCCGCACGGCGGGACCGAGAAUGGGACGGCCUCGCUGCCAUCCCAGGGGCCGGCGCCGCCGCCGCCGCUACCACCGCUGCCCCAGUGCGAGGGUGCGGCCGUACCGCUGCCGGACUACGCCGGCAGUGGCUGCGACAGGCAGCAGCUGCUGGCGGCCGCCCUGGCCGCCGAACCCGACUGUGGGCCGCUGGUGGACGCGGCCAGCUUGCUGCCGUGCGUGGCAGUACCGGCGGAGGACGGCAGCAAUAAUCAGCAGCGGCCGGGGGUAGAGGAGCUGGAUGGGGCCGCCGAACCCGCCGAUGCUGGUGCACCGCAGGGUGCAGUGGCAAACGAGGAGAAGGAGGAGGAGGAGGAGGAGGAAGAAGAAGAGGAAGAAGCGGAAGAGCAGGAGGAGGAGGAGGAGGACGGGGAGCAGCAGCAGGGCGAAGAGGAAGAAGCGGAGCCAAGGGGGGGAAAGGUGGAUGGCGGCGGCGCCGGAGGGGGACCGAUGAUCGUCAGCGUCGGCAGCCUGGUCGGAGGCUUCGAGGCGGUGGCGGCGGCAGCGGCUGCCGCCGCCGUUACCGCGACACCCGUUACCGCCGGCGGCAACGCGGAACUAUCUAGUAAUCUUAAAUCUUAACUCUCUCUCUCUCUCCGAGACACACACACACACAGAUACACGGAAUUGCAGACAAGAAUACACUCAAAGAGAAAAACAAAAACACUCCUUCCUCAGCUAGCGCGUUUUUGUUUUGCCACGACAGCAGCAGCAAAAAGAAGCAUCAGCUUGCGGCUAUUUACAGAUCCAGCAAACUAAGGGUAGAUAGAGAAAGCAAGACAGAGAGAGAGAGAGAGAGAGAGAGAGAGAGAGAGAGAGAAAGAGAGAAGCAAACGUGAUGUUAGCAAGAUACAAUAAUAGCGUGACAAGGGUAACGGCGUAAACGUAACGCGACCAGUCAAACCGAAAGAGGUGGUAACGCGUAACGCCGUCGAUCCGGUGGCGUUACACAAGCGUAUGGAGCUUCGAACCCGAAACUCUUCUAGUCUAUACCACGCCCUCUCGUUUUGGCUUGGGGGCGCCCCGUUACCAGGUGUCCCUGUAUGAGUGCAAUAUGCUAGCAGGAUUACAAACAGAGAGACACACACACACACGCAAACACCGCCAUGGGUGCGAUAAGAGCCGAUUACUACUACGUAACUGGCUUACUAGGAUGUUAUCUAUCAUCUCCCUCCUUCCAACUCCCGCUCCUCGGGAUCGGCCUAGUUCCUGCGUCGGUGGGCAAACCCCCAACGCCCCGAGGGCGUUGCGUGCCAUCUUGGAGUGUUUAACGAUUUAAGCAUAGUGUUCCCUCACUGUGGUACUGUAAUCUCACGCGGUCCUUCUUACAUGAGGGUGUCCCCGUCGGACACACGCCCUGGACCGUCAUAGAAGUAGGCUUCGGGCGCUAAUAUCACGUAAACACUACUACAACUACUCAACCAGCCAGUGAAAGAACUCAUCGAUGGAGGGAAGCAGAAAACGAUCUCACGAGAAUUUAUUCAACAGGUACAGGGGGGGGGGGGGAGUCGGAGAGUCGAGAAUCUCCACCCGCACCCCAUCAACGGUUGGUGGUGAUCAACCAAAGGGGGGGGGGGGGGGGAAUGGACGGAAAAACAACAACCCAGGAGGCCGAAUCUAACGAGCAAUGUUAGCGAUGGAAAAAUCCGACGGAAGAAGAAAAAGAAACAGAGAACAAGUAGAAACUAAAAAGAGCGCGUUGUUCGUAAAAUUAAACACACACACACGAAACUUACCAAAAGCAAGCAAAACCCAUGACAAAGCAAACUAAUAAGAGGGGAAAACAACACUUAAAACUACCAAAAAAAGGCGUAACACACACACACACAUUUACAUACACUAAAACCAAAAAUGGGGGCAAACAAAAUAAAGCAAACAAAAGGAGAAGAAACAAAACGAAGCAGAAGCGUAUGCGAUAAACUACACAACAAGUGAAGCAACAAAACAAACUUUCCACGACAAAAGUGGGGAGGGGCAAGGCACAGGGAAGAGAAGAAAAAAAAAGCAAGAAAAAUAAGAGAUGGAAUGGGCGGAGUGGGUGAGUGGGGGUGGGCGGGAUGUGGAGCAAAACACACACACACACACACACGGAAAUUGGAAGGAAAACACGGAAAAUUAACGCUGACAGGAUUAAGCGAAUAAAUCAAUGAUAACACACACGAUACCCACUAAUAGCCAAAGGUGGAUCACUA